AUGUCUCUCACUUUAAAAAUUAGAAUUGUCAGAGACAAUCAAGUCAAGGCGAUGAAAUUCGCCCCAACUAUGUUUGUCCACGAAGUAUGCGCACAAAUUCGUGAGAGAAUCAACGACACUGGUGACGACCACGGUCUCUUCCAACCAGGUAUCGAAGGUAAGCGUCCAUCCCGUUGGUUAAAGAUGGACAAAACACUACAACUCUAUGAUCUUAAAAUGAAUGAUGAAAUCGAUUAUAAAAAGAAACAUAGAGCACUCAAGGUUAGAUUGAUGGACGAGACUUUGAAGACUUUGUUGGUGGACGACAGUCUGACAGUGGGAGAGAUCAUCGAGAUCGUUGGUAAGAGAAUCGGUAUUAAGAAUCACGAGGAGUUCUCGUUGCAGGCAGAGACAGCAGCGGGUGUCGCCAGCGGCGAGUGGCUGAAUCACACUCAGGCACUCCACGAGCAGGGAGUCACCGACGAGCAGAUCGUGCUCCUCAAGAAGAAGUUCUUUGUCGACGAUUUCAAUGUGAAUCGUGACGACCCGAUCCAAUUGCAUUUGGUGUACGUCCAGUCGCGUGAUGCUAUCAUCUCUGGUAGUCAUCCAUGUUCGUACGACGAGGCAAUCCAAUUCGCUGCACUCCAAUGCCAGAUCCAACUCGGUAACCACAACACCACCAUUCACAAAGCCGGUUACCUCAAGAUCAAAGAGUACAUGCCACCAUCAUACCACAAGAAGAAAGAUGCCGAGAAGGACAUCUACAAAGAGUUUAGAAAGUUGGUCGGUAUGACCGAAUCCAAUUCGAAAUUCCGUUAUGUACAACUCUGUAGAUCUCUUAAAACCUAUGGUAUUACUUUCUUCCAAACUAAAGAACGUGUUAAGGGACAAAAGAAACCGGUUCCAAAGCUUUUAGGUAUUACUAGAGAUUGUAUCUUGCGUUUGGAUGCAGAGUCUAAAGAAAUUGAAAAAGAAUAUCCACUUAACCAUCUUCGUAGAUGGGCAGCUUCGCCAGCUUCUUUCACACUGGAUUUCGGUGAUUACGAGGAAGACUAUGUGAGUGUCAUGACCACUGAAGGUGAGGCUAUUUCACAGUUGCUCGGUGGUUACAUUGAGAUUCUCAUGAAGAAACGUAAGGAUACCAGUGUCACCGUUGAAGAGAAUGAUACCGACAUUGCUUCGGUCGAGUCGAUCGGUCGUAUUCGUGGUCAAACCUCGCAGACCACUACCUCGUCGUCGCUCUCUGGCUUUGACGGUGCCGGUGGUCGUGAAGGACAAUACUCGGUGCCGGGCCAGUCGAUCGGAUACCGUGGUGGUCUCGGUGGACCCCUCUCCAUCAAGGUUACCAACAUCGAUUCUGCGUCUGCUGCCGUCGCCAAUUUGUUGAACGAGAUGGAGCUUGCACCGGAUUCAGUCAUCGGACAAAAGUCGUCGUUGACUCCACAGCAAUGGCGUCAACAACUCGCCAUUCACGCCAAGGCAGUGGCUGCCGCCGCCGGCAAACUCCUUGGAAACCUAAACAAUCCAAAUGGAAUGGAUCGUGGACAGAUGGACCAGAAUGCACGUGACGUUGCUUUGACCAUCGACCAAUUGGUGCAUGCCGCUCGUGCCGCCUCGAUUGCCUCUGGUGAAGAUCCAGACGGAGAGAUGCCACUCUUUGACGGUGCUCGUGGUGUCGCCGAAGCCAUCUCCAAGUUGCUCAAGGCAACCAAGGAGAUUGCUGCCAAUCCAAACGACGACAACGCCAAGAAUCUCAUUGCUCAAGCCGCCGAACAGCUGAGAUUGAUGACUGCCUAUUUGGAUGGUGCCUGUGCUGGUGCCAUCACCGAUCAAGGUACAUUGAAACUGCUCCAGGAGUCUGGUAAAGCAAUUGCUUUCGCCACUCAGGAGCUCGUCAAUCAAGCCAAUCAAAUGUCUGCAUCGAUCGCCGAUCCAAUUCGUCGUAAUCAAAUGAACUCUGCCACCGAGGAUACCGGUAGAACUGGUGUGCUCGCUUCGGCAACCGCUCAAGCUUUGGCACCAACCAUCUUGGAUCCAAAUUGUCGUACCCAAUUCAACACCGCCGCCAAAAACGCUCAGGAUUCACUCAACUACUUGUUGGCCACCGCCAAGUCUUCCAACUUGGAUCCAGCCAGUCUCGAAAAGUUGAGACUCCGUGCCAAGGCAAUCGCCGACGCCUACUCCUACUUGUUGCAAUCCGCCGAUUUGGCUCAGCCAAAGAGUGGCGACGACGUUGAGUUCUCCAACGCCGCCAAGGUUAUCUUGGGUGCAACCGCUCAACUUCUCGGUUCGCAAGGUCGUCCAGACGUUAUGCAAGCCGCCACCAAAUCGAUCGAGGAGUCAAUGAUCCACUUGAUUGCCGGUGCCAAGCGUGCCACUCUCAAGACCGACGAUCCAGCUGUUCGUGACCGUCUUAUCCAAUGCUCCAAGGCAGUCGCUGAGGCCGCUCGUUACUUGGUAGAGGUCGCACAAAUCUCUGCUGAGAACCCCGAGGACAAGGCUGCCUUUGCCAAGGUACAAGAAGCUUCGAAGCGUCUUGCCAUGGCCACCAAGCAGUUGGUCGGUGACGCCGGUAAGGAGGAGGCAUUCCAAGCACUCAGAACAAAUGCCAAGCUCGCCUGUGCUGCCACAACCGGUUUGAUCACCACCAGCAAGCAAGUCUCGCCAACUCUACCGGAUCAAGAUGCUGCUCGUAUCAUUGCUUCUAUCGCCAAGGCCAACCACGAAGUCGGUGAAUUGUUGGGUGCCAUCAACAACUCGCAAUCCAAGCCAAACGACAUUUCUGCGCAGAACCAAUUGAUCGACCAAAUCAAGAUUUCCGCACCAAUCGCUUUCCAAUUGGUUGCCGACGCCAAGGCUGCCAUUCCAAAGGUACAAGAUCCAAACUUGAAGACGGACUUGACCACCUCUGCCAAUGUCGCCUCCGAUGCUAUCAAAGCACUCUUGGAUGCCAUUCAAGAUCUCACUUCCACCGUCGGACAACAAGAUUUCGAUGAUGCUCUCGAGCAAGUUCAAGCUCUCGAAGCCGAAAUGGAAGCACAAACCUACGCCGCUCAAUCUGGUCUCAUCCAAAACAUUCCAGGUCAGACCCGUGAGAACGCUAUGGAGUUGUUGAACGUCGCCGCCAGAGCCUUGGGUAACUCUGCUAAGCAAGUGUUGCUCCAAUACAAGACUGCUCCAGAUCAACUCGGUGGCACUUGUAAGGACUUGACUACUGCCGUCGCUCAAGUCACCAACGCCGCUAAGGCCGUCUCUGCCACCUCACAGAACCGUUCGGUUCAACGUUCGGUUCUUGGUGCCGCCAAGCAAAUCACUACUGAAUCUGCCAACUUGGUCAGUUGUGCACGUGCCGUCUCUUCCAAUCCAGGUGAUGCUCCAUUGGAACUUGCACUCCAAUCGUCUGUCAAGGCAAUCGCCGAAGCAUUGGCUGCUUUGUUGGCCACUUCCAAGGGUGGAGAUCCAGGAGGAAAAGAUUUGGACGACGCUAUCGAAGCUAUCAAGAACGAUAUCCGUCGUAUCAACAAUCCACCAGUUAACUUGGGUGGUGAGUACGGUUCCAACUCUGACAAGGCAAUCUCAAACUCCAAGGCAUUGAUUGCUUCCACCUCACAGACAUCGGCCAACGCUCGUAGCAAUCCAUCUGCUUUGGGUCCAUCCUCAAAGACUACUGCUUCCACCUACACUGGUUUGGUCGACAGCGCCAACGCCGCCACUGGAUCCUGUCCAAACAAGACACUCGCCGUCGAAAUUGCCAAGCACUUGGCACAACUCGGUGAGCUCACCAUUAAGUUGUUGCAAGCCAGUCGUUUCUCUGCUGCCCGUCCAGGUGAAGGUGAGAGCGAAUUGACCAACACCCAGAACGCCGUCAACAACCAAGUCAAGGUGUUGAUCCACACCAUCCAAUCUGCCGUUCCAGGUCAAGCUGAAAUCGGUGACGCCAUCGAAAUCGUUAAGAACUGUAUCGUUCAACUCAACAGCGGUGACAUCAGCCACGGUAUUCGUUCGGAUGCUUUGAAGGCAUUGACUGCCGCCGCCAAGGAAUUGGCCGAGCACGGUAGCCAAGUCGUCAACUCCAAGACUCAAUCCGAGAAGAUGGGUAUCAACUGUAAGAAGGCCGCCGAAGAUUUGCGUGAUGUCGUCGAAUGCACCAAGUCUGCCAUCUACGGAACCAGCGGAGAACAAAAUCCAGACAGUAUGGCAACCCUCGCCGGUAAGGUCGAUUCUGCCACCAGCACACUCCACCACUCUUGCCAAAAGAAGCAAUUGUCUGACCAAGACAAGAAGGAGGCUGCCAUCAACGCCAAGAAUUUGGCUCUCUCAGUGCCAAACUUGAUGAAUGCCGCUCGUAAGUUGUCUUCACAAGCUCUCACCUCUGGUAACCCAGAGAAGUCGAAACAGAUUCUAUUGGAUGCCCAAAACGUUGCCAACGGUUCCACUCGUUUGGUCAACAUUGCCAAGUCAGUUGCAUCCGGUCAAGUCUCUGACCAAGAGAAGCUCAACGAAGCUCGUGAUGAGGUUCAAAAGAAUCUUCGUGAUCUCCUUAGAUCGGUCGAAGGUGUCGAGACUACCCAAACCGUUCAAAUCGAUUUGGAUGCUCUCUCGCCAGCCGAACAAACCUUGUUGGACGCCUCACGUUCCUGUGCCAACUCGAUGUCCCAAUUCAUGGCUGUCAGCAAGAACAUCUCCACCGGUACCAAAGAUCCAAAUGCUCACCAACAUUUCUCAUCGGCUGCUCAAUCCGUUUCACAUGGUGUCCAACAAUUGUUGGUUGCUAUCAACGGUAUGAGACCAGAGCAAAAGGAAAUCGACGAGUCCAUUGAAAUCAUCCAACAGGCUGUCGUCGAUCUCGACUCUGCUUCAUUGAAUGCCGCCAUUGGUUUGCUCGAAAACACUGCACCAGCUGGAAAGACUGCCACUGCCUGUCAAGAGGAGUUGGUCGAAGUCUCCAGAGAGUUGGCCACCGCCAUGAAGACAUUCUUGGCCGCACCAAAGGUUGAUCCAAGCAACCUCGGUAAGGCUGCCAAGGACACUGCCAACAUUCUUCCAAAGAUUGUCAACAUCUCCAAGCAAUUGGCUUCACUCACCACAAACCCAGACAUCAAGCAAACUCAAUUGCAAUUGUCCAAGAAGUUGGCUGACAAUAUGUUGGAGUUGAUGAUCCACGCCAAGAGCGGUGACGUCUCUGACUCUAAGCAAGCCUACAACGCUUCACAAGCCAUCGCUGAUAUCCUCACCUCUGUCAAGGGUGGUGUUAUGCAAUCACGUGACUGUGAUGAGUCGAUCCAAAUUAUCAACAAGUCAAAGGAGACACUCUACAAGCCAGCCAAUGACUCCAAGGGUAAGACCUACCAAGAGUACAGAGACGAUACCACCGACAUUGCCAAGUCGCUCGCUCUCGGUAUCUCAUCGUUGGUCAACGCCGCCAAGAACAAACCAGAGGAGAUCGGUCAAAACUCACUCAAGGUUGCCUCUAUCAUUCCACGUUUGGUCGAGAGCUCACGUUCCACUGCCGCCGCCACCAACGAUGCCGCCGCCAAACAAAAGUUGCUCGAUGCCACCAACGGUAUUGUCGACGCCACCGCCAACAUCAUUGCCGAUGCCAAGCUGGCCAGUGCCGAUCACAAGAACACUGCUUUGCAAUCAAAGAUCAACGACAACUUUAAGAAUAUCACUGCUUCCAUUGCCAACUUGAUCAGUGCCUUGAAGGCUGGUGACACUGGCGAUCGUGAUAUCGAAAACGCUUUGAACACCAUCAACAGAAUCACCACCGAUCUCGAUGCCGCCUCAUUGUUUGCCGCCGCCGGUCAAGUCGAAGCCGACACCGAAGGUUACACUCCAUCACAAGUACAAGAGGAGAUCGAGAAGCAAUCGCAAGAGAUUCACGACGCCAACAAGAAUCUUGUUGCCGCCUCUGAGAAGACCAUUGAAGACGUUGCCACCAACGCCAAAUACAUUGCCGAGCUCAACGAGAAGUUGGCCACUACCUCCAAGGUUGCCGCUGCUCUCACCUCUGACCCAUCUGCCCAACAAGCAAUUUUGAAUGCCGCCAGAAAUGUCAGUGCUGCCGUUCAAACCGCUGUAUCUGCCAGCAGAUCCACUCACAAGAACCAAACACCAGCCAACAAGAAUCAGUUGCAAGCCACCUCCAAGAAUGUCGACGAGUGUGUCGAUACCUUGAAGUCAUUGACCUCCUCAUCAACCACCACCAAGGGUAUCAAGGAACUCGAUCAAAUCGCUGCAGAAAUCAGAAAGCAAUUGUCCAAUUACGACAGCGCCAAUGCCACUGCCAAUCAAAAUGCCAGUGCCGAGGAUGUCGUCACCUCUGCCAAGUCAGUCGCCGAGUCCAUUGCCUAUUUGGUUAGCACAUGUAACAAUGCCCCAGAUGAAAUCAACGAUGCCGCCAAGGGAACAACCGCCGCUGUCAAGUCAUUGCUCCAGAAUGCCAAGGGAUCGACCCGUCUCACCGACGAUGCUGUCAUCCAACAGAAUGUCACUGAAGCUGCCAAGGAUGCUUCCAACAAGAUUCUCAAAUUGGUACAAGCCGCCAAGAACCAACGUUCCGAUCCAUCCAACCCACAAGUCCAAAACAAAUUGUCAGAGGCCUCUUCAGAGGUUGCCGAAGCCAUCAACGACGUCGUCGCUGCUGCCGGAGACUUGCCAGGUGGUGAGAGAGCCAAGAAACUCUUCCAAGCCGGUGAGAAUCUCGAAGAAAUUGCCGAGAAGGAGCUCAAGGAAGCUGCCAAAGUCAUUGAGGAAGCUACUGCUGCUCUAUUGAGAGCCAAGAAGAAGCGUGAGGAAACUCGUGCUGCCUCUGGUAUCGAAGAUGCCGGUAUCGACGAAGCCAUUCUCGAAGCUGCUCGUGCCAUCACCUCUGCCACUGGUAUCUUGGUUAAAUGCGCCACUGAAGUACAACAUGAAUUGGUCCAACAAGGUAAAGCCAAGACCGGAGGUGCUGUCUACCGUCGUGAUCCAACAUGGGCUCGUGGUUUGAUCUCUGCCGCCCAAGCCGUCGCCGGUUCCGUCCAAACUCUUGUAGUUUCAGCCAACGACUCCACUCAAGGAAAGGCUGAAGAGGAAACAUUGGUUGCUGCUGCACGUGGUGUCGCCGCCACUACCGCUCGUUUGGUAUCUGCAUCGAGAGCCAAGGCCGACCUCAACUCACAAUCCAACUCACAACUCUCUCAGGCUGCCAAGCAAGUAUCGAACGCCACUGCUCAAUUGGUAGAAGCCGCCAAGUCGGUCGGUAAACAAGAUGAGGAACCAGAGACAUUCGAUGCCACCGGUAUGUCAUUCACCGGUCUCAAGGUUCACGAGAUGGAAGCACAAGUCAAGAUUCUCAAGCUCAAGAAAGAGUUGGAGCAAGCCGAAAAGAAACUGUUCUCCAUUCGUAAGCAAGAGUACCAAGAUCAAACUGGACCAGCACCAGUUCCACAACUCAGCCAACAACCAACACCACCAGCCCAAGCUUCACCCAAGCCAGCUGCACCAAAGCCAUCGCCAGUACAAAGACCAGCAGUUUCACCCGCUACCGGUCAACCAAUUUCCAGACCAGUUCCAAAGCCAGCUCCAAAACCAGCUGCCAAGAUUGAAUCACCACCAACUUCCCCUGUUGCACCAGCUCAACCAGCCUCACCAGGACAAACCUACCCAAUUUCCGAACUUAAGAAGAAACCGGCUCACCUUGAUGCCAAUAAUUUAGAAAACUACUUGAACGAUGAAGACUUUGCUGCUACUUUCAAGAUGUCAAGAGAAGAUUUUGCUAAACUCCCAGGUUGGAAGAAGAACAAGGAGAAGGCAAACCACGGUCUUUUCUAA